AUGACUAGAAACAACGAAACUUUCUUCUCAGAGUUCCUACUACUGGGCCUGUCCAUUCCCCCAGCGUACAAGCACCUGUUCUAUUCACUGUUUCUGGCCAUGUACCUCACCACCAUCCUGGGGAACCUGCUAAUCAUUGUCCUUGUUCUCCUGGACUCCCAACUGCACACACCCAUGUACUUGUUUCUCAGCAACUUGUCAUUCUCUGACCUGUGCUUUUCCUCUGUCACAACGCCCAAAUUGCUGCAGAACAUGCAGAGUCAAAUACCGUCCAUCACCUUUGGAGGCUGCCUGACACAGCUGUACUUCUACAUGUUUUUUGGAAACAUGGAGAUCUUUCUCCUUGUGGUCAUGGCGUAUGACCGCUAUGUGGCCAUCUGCUUCCCCCUUCAUUACACCAGCAUCAUGAGCCCCAAGCUCUGUGUUUGUUUAUUGCUGCCUCUGUGGAUGCUGACCACAUUGCAUGCCAUGAUGCACACCAUGCUCAUGGCUAGAUUGUCUUUUUGUGAGAACAAUGUGAUUCUCCACUUUUUCUGUGAUCUAUCUCCUCUUCUAAAUCUGGCCUGCUCAGACACUUCUGUUAAUGAGUUGAUGAUAUUAAUCACGGGAGGGUCCUUUAUUAUUGUACCAUUCCUGCUCAUUGUUACAUCCUAUUCAAGGAUUGUCUCCUCCAUAUUCAAGAUUUCAUCUACCCAGGGUAUCUACAAGAUCUUCUCCACCUGUGGUUCCCAUCUGUCUGUGGUGUCACUGUUCUAUGGGACACUUUUUGGCCUCUACUUGUGUCCAUCAACUAAUUACUCUCCUGUGAAAGAAACCACCAUGACCAUGAUGUACACUGUGGUGACUCCCAUGUUAAAUCCCUUUAUCUACAGCCUGAGGAACAGAGAUAUGAAGAUGGCCCUAAAAAGAGUUAUCUGCAAUAAGAAAAUCUCUUUGUAA